GAGGGUACAUACGAGAUACGACAGAGAAAAAAAAAAUAGAAGCUUGCAACCCUAACCCUCCAAAUUCCAAUCUCUAGAAUUUGCGCGAACUCUCCUCUGAGAUCACAAGGGAAAUUUCAUCUCGCUCUACAUAUCAUAGAUUUCAUAGUCUACAUCCGUAUUCAUCAGCUCAUUCCAGGUUUCUUUUCCAUCUAAAAACUUUGAUUUCUAAUUACGUAUUUCCAGCAUCAAUUCGAGGUGUUUCCGAAGAAAGAAAUUGAAGCAUUUUUUCGACGAUUCCUAAUAACUGAAGAUGUCACUGCAAGAGAAUUUGGCAAGGUUCCGAAAGCAGCAAGAGAAGUGCCAAUCAACUCUUUCGAGUAUUGCUUCUGCGAAACAAGCCUCAACAAAGACCUCGACUCCACCAAAGACUAACUCUAAUGUACAGAAAUCAACUUCGACACAUACGCGGCCUCCUGCUCCUGCUGUCAAAUUCUCUAAUGAUACUGAAAGGCUUCAGAUUAUUAACAGCAUAAGGAAGUCUCCUGCUGGAGCUCAAAUUAAGCGUGUCAUUGAUCUCCUUUUAGAGAGGAGGGAAGCUUUAACUCCUAGGCAAAUCAAUGAAGUGUGCCACGUCGAUGUGUAUGCAAACAAAACUGUUUUUGAGAGUUUGAAGAACAACCCAAAAGUGUACUAUGAUGGGGAGUGUUUCUCUUACAAGUCAAAGCAUGAAGUUAAGAACAAGGACCAACUGCUUGUUUUAAUACGAAAAUUUCCAGAAGGCAUGCCUGUCAUUGAUUUGAAGGAUUCCUAUCUAAGUGUGAUGGAGGACUUGCAGAUUUUGAAGGCUGAUCGAAAAGUUUGGUUGCUCUCAAAUUUUGAUUCCCAAGAGGAUAUAGUCUAUCCAAACGAUCCUCGGUUUCCUAUCAAGGUGGAUGAUGAUCUUAAACAACUCUUCCGCAGCAUUGAGUUACCUCGUGAUUUCCUCGAUGUUGAGAAGGAACUUCUAAAGAGUGGUACCAAACCUCUUACAAACACUGCACAGAGAAGGGCUGCAGCACAGAUUCAAGGCCUUUCUUCAAAAGCAAAGCCUAAGAAGAAGAAGCAUGAAAUCAGCAAAAGGACUAAGCUCACUAAUGCUCAUCUUCCAGAAUUGUUUAAGAACCUUUCGUCACAGUGACUUUAUUUGUUGUUUUGAUACCAGCAUUCUAGCAGACUUUCUUCACCUGGAUCGCUAUGUGGAUAAAUUGUAAAUUACCAAAUACUGUUUUUCCUCUACAAUGUAUUGUACUUCUAAUUGGAAAUUGGCUCUAUAUAUACUACUGGUUUUUAUAA